CUGUUCUUCUUCUGCAGAACAAGUGGGCGGCGCAGAUUUUCCUCGUCCUCCAGCUCGGAAGACUUUGUAGCAAACACUAGCGACGAGACUUCAAGUUCAUCGUCCGAGACUUCGUCUUCGGAAACACCGUCGACGGAGGAGGAUUUUGAACCACAUCGAACAACUCCUUACUACACACGUGCUAGAGGGGAAACUUUGCCAACUGACGAGGGUAAGCAAAUAAUUUUCUCACUAAACCGUGAAGUCUACGAUAUUGCAGCUUCUGAACCACCUCGAACAACCUCAUACCAUACACGCGGUAGAGAUCAAAGAAAUCGGAAUCGUGUUUCACGAAGGCGAAGAAGAAGCAGCUCCUCAAGCAGCGAUAACGAAGACGAGCUUGGAGAAGACUCAGAGGGCGAAGAAGUUCGUGGUGAUUCAGAAUCUAUCAUUAUGGACAAUCAUGACAAUGACAAUGACGUCCAAGUGAUUGAGGAAAACGCAAACUUGCUUAACAUUGUCAAUCGCCCAAAGCGGAGGAGAACAGAUAAUUUUGCUACAGACGACGAAGAAGCUAAGCCGAGUGUCUCUACCGAACCUGCAUCCUCUGCUCAUGCUACCCUUGAAGACGACAGUGGUGACGAUGGCUGCACUAUAUGUCGCAAUGCUGUGUGUCCCACAUGUAAGGCCAAAACUAGUAUCAAGGAUGUUAGGAAGCACUACACUAACGCUGUAAAGGUUACUGACACCACCGAAGUCGAGAUGUUACGGAACUCGAAUGCUGCUUUACAUAUUAAAGUGUCGGGUCUGGAGGUUGAAUUAGCUCGGAAGGAUCGCGAAAUUGUGGACUUGAAGAGGAGGCUUCAAGAUGGCAAAACACAUGAUAUCAUAAGUGCAACACCUCAGCUGGUUGUGCAGUCAAGAGGAGGUCGAAUGUUUAUGAACCCAGAGCGGAAAGAAUCACUAACUAAUGGAAUCGACAGGAAUUCAAGCUUCGUGAAUGCUAUCCCCUGCAUAGCGGGAGAUCAAGAGUGGUUGUGUUUUCGCCUUACGAAUCAAGCCUGCUUUUGUGGCGAAGACAAACGAGCCAUCGUCUCUAUGAACGGCGCUAUACGCCGACAAUGGAAAAUGCCACAUGAAAAGCCAGUUUGGACUGGAUGCUGGACAUCUGCCAAUAAAGUAGCGUUGGGACUUGGAGAUGGGCGAGUUUUUGAAUAUGCUGUAGACUCAGAUUCCACUGAGCCAAUACGUGAUUACACCCAAGGAGUUGGUCAUCUACCCAUAAUUUUCACUGGGUUUGACCCAGCUUCUUCUACUUUGUUGGUUGCUUCUUUUAAGAAGUUAAUAGCAUUCAGAAAUGAAAAAGUGUUUCCUCUGCUGAACAAUACCGACGAUCAAUUUGAUAAAAUGAGGUCGGUCAGUUUUGACGAGUCAUCUCUACACUUUGCUGUGACAUUCUCCCCAGGAGGACGUCAUCCUGCUAUCUCUCAUCGAUUAUACCGGCUUGAGGUUGACGACGAUAAUGACGAGGUUCGAUGCAUAGAAAUGGCGCAGUGGUUGACUGAAUGUCAAAUGUCGUCCACAAUGUGGUCCAAUUGUCUAUUCUCCCUCAAAAACUCUUUGUUUUCCGUUGUAUUUAACGAGGAUCAAAAGCGAUUUGAUGCUCAUGACUGGUCAGGGAGGAGGACAGAUGUAAGCUUCUUUGUCUCUAUGUUUUACCAGUUUGCAUAA